UUAUAGUACGCUGGGAACCAUACUAGUGGUUAAAUGCACAAAGAUAUGUUAUUAUAUUGAGCGAGGGCAUCAGUGACAACCGUUUAAGCUUGCUAUCGACAAAGCAGUGUGUAAUGGGAGUGUGUUAGCUGCAAUUUGCACAGAACACAAAAGCCGUAAGAAAAAAACACAUUUUGAAAUCAAAGAAGUGAGUUUUAGUAUGAACUUCGCUCCAUAUCGACCGUAAUUGAUUUUGGACAUUCAUAUGCAGCUUGUUCGCUUUUAUUCAUAUGGUUUGUAUACCGCACAAACCUUUUUAAUACUAAUAUACGUUUAGGAAGUGCUACAGCACAAAGUCACACAAAUGGCUAGCAACAAAGAAAAAGUUGAUAUAAGUAAAAUGGAUCUUGAUGAAGCGUUUGAUUGGCUAGAGGCAAAAGGUAUAACACAUGAGCUGCAGUCCCUAGAAGAGAUGAGAACACUCAUUUAUAUGAAUCAGCGCAAGAGUGAAUCCAGUGCCGAAAGUGAAUUAUCGCAGUCAGCUUUGUCAGAGUCAGAUCUAAAUACAGUAUUGUCAAGGGAUAAAGAAAUAAGAGAUCGAAUAUGCUCUUUAUAUGAGAAAAUCUUACAAAAAAUUAAUUCUACCGACCUUAACGAAUACCUCUCUGCAUGGUGCGGAUGUUGUAUUAAAAAGCAACUAAACAAAUAUAAAGACGAACUUCAACGGAUGGAUUGUCCAAUAGUGAUAGCUGGAGAGACGAGUGCUGGAAAGAGCUGUUUUCUUAACCUCCUUCUCGGAGAAGAUAUACUUCCGGUCAGCCUACUCUGUGCUACCGCCACUAUUUGCGUUGUCCACCCCAUUUCUCCAGAAGAGACACCAUAUUUCGUGGUAGAUGGACAAAAGCAUGAGGGCAGUAAGGAGGAACUCAAAGGAAAACUAAAGAUUAAAUUGACCUCUCGUUCUGAAACUGAAAGAAUUGAACAAGUUGAUAUAUAUUGGCAGGUGCCAUUGAUUGGACAAAACAAACACAUCGUGUUUGUUGACACACCUGGAGUCGGCGAGAGCAAACAUAUGACUGACACAGUGUUCAAAUACCUUCCCAACGCAGCGGCCUUUAUAUAUGUGAUUAAUUCUGCAAACGCUGGUGGUGUACAGGAAGAUAAGCUGGUGCACAUUUUUAGAAAAGUUCUUGAAUACGACAAGUCAAGCGACUUAUUUAGUUUCGACCCGGCAUGUACAUUAUUCGUGUGCAACAAGUGGGACAUAGUUGCUGACAGGGUCAGUAACGACAGGUGCAAUGAACAGAAUGUCUGGGAAGAUAUAGGAUCAAAGCUACGCAAAUACUUAUCUGCGGAUACGCUACAUAUAUCAUCGUACAAGAUGAGCACAACUGAGGCACUACGAUACAUAAAAUCUGGGAUGGGGGACAGCAGGUUUUAUGCUGAGCUAAAACAUGGACUUGAACGUUUGGUCAUAAAGAGUCAAACAAGCAAAGCAAGAAUGCAUACUAGGUGGAUUGAAAAUAUGAUUAAUCAAAUAAAUGCAUAUAUAUCGGCCAGAGUUAAACAUGCUAAAGCGUCCACAGAGGAAAAGGCGCAGUUGCGCGAUCUAAUUGACACGAAACUUGAUAACAUAGAAAGAAACAAAGAUAAGGUGAGAACUUCAUUACUAAUGAAAUGUCAAAAACUAAGCGAUGACAUGGGGCGUGAAAUAGGCUUGCAUCUAAGAAAGGAAGAUGUUAGUACACGCAUCAAAGCUUGUGUGCAACAACUUGUUCACGAAAUCAGAGCACCGGACGACGAUGCUUUUCAGUAUAAUGCAAAGCAGCGUAUAAUGAACAUUGUUGUCAAAGAAAUCGAUGCCUGGGAAAAGGAUUGUCAAUUUUGGAGAAAAACAAUGGAAUAUUUUAUGCACACAAUUGAAAAGAAAUUCGAUAUUCUAGACGAGCAAUGCCUUGAAGCUGAAUCCGCUUUUGAUAACACAGAGAGAAGUAUGAAAGAGUCUGAGUUUCCAGAAACAAGGAGAAUGCCAUCUUUUGGAGCAUUAAUUAAGGAAAAGUGGGAAAAUACAGUGUAUCCGUGGUUAUCGAAAUGGGAAUUCAAACUAGGAGAAUUCGAGGUUUCAAUACGUUCGGUCGUUUCGGGAAUUCAUCAUAUGGCUAAAGUUCUGAACCGUGAAAAGUAUAUGAGAAAAUUAUUGAAAGAAGUUUUAAAAGAGUGCUUCAAUGAAGAAUCUAUUCGCCGUCAUAUAACUACAACUUAUUUUGCGCCAUUAGAAAACUACAUACAAGAGCAAUGCAACCAAAGAAUAGCAACUCGAAUAAAUGCGUGUAAGAGGCUACUGGAUUCGGUUGCGAGUGAUAACCGAAAUGCAGACGACAUUAUCCAUGAAUGGCAUAAUAUUGACGAGAAUGUACGACCCAUCUUUGCUGAGCUAGGCAAAGUUCAGGAACUUGCAAAGUUUGAAUAGAAACAAUAAUUGUUUAUCAUUCUAACGACAAAGUUGGAAUGGUGUGUAUCUCAAUGACACAUACAUUGUGUAAGGGAAAAAUGCAUUGGCAUUGGAAGAAGAUAAACUAUAAAAGUAUAUUUAUAAGAUUUACUUCUUUUUUGAUAACACUGCGUGCAAGUAUUGUAUCCAUUUCUUGAUUUUGGUAUCCGAAUAAUUAACACAAACUUAAAUCAAUGCACUUGUUUGUAAAGGACAUGCAGCUACAAAUUAAAUGCAAUAUAAUAAACUAAAUUGUGUACAUCAAUAAAAGCAAAACGCUUUGAUGAUAUGGCACAUAAAGAAGUCAUUUCAAUGAUGCAGGAAAAAAGAGGCGUUGAACGACAUUUUUUAAGCUUUGGUGUAAGUAAACCGGGACAUUUACAUGGACAAGUGCAUAUGUUUAAGUAUGCAGAACACCAAGAGUGACAUAUCUUGUGUUUUUAAUUAUUAUGUAUGUUAUGUUAGAGAAAAGUUGUGUUUAGUAUUGUUUUUAUUAUGAUGAAACCCGAGUUUUAAUUUUAAUGCAUGUUUCGUUAAAAUCAAUGUUAUGAGUGAAACUCAACAUAUUUUAUGAUAACAUACUUUCAUGUACGAUAUGUGUGUGUAUGUGUGUGUGUAUGCGUGCGUGCUAGCGUUACCUGUGUGUUUUUGUGCGUGCGUUAGUGCAUACGUGCGAAUGUGUAUGUGUGCAUACCUAGCGUAGCUUUAAGAUUUAAAUAUACGAUACACGUAUAAGUUAUCAGUAUAAGUUACAAUGAUACACAUAAGAUACGCUUUUAUGAUCUGCAGAUACAUUUAACCAAUGUUAAAACAACGUUAAGAUAUCAAUUGCGAUAACAAUGAACAUGCAGUUUUACGGAAAAAAUUCGACCAUAUAACAAAUAAAUAUUUGAUAAAUAAAUGAUUAAAUGCUUUUAAACCGAUCAUUUACUUACUUUUACAAUCUUUUAUUAUUUCGGACAGUUGUCCGCUUAUUCUAAGAGUAAAUGCUCACUAAACUAACAUAUUUUGUUUUUCUUUUACACUGCAUUUGUAAACUGCAAAUGUUAUUACAGUAGCUGUUAUACAUAGUUUUAGUAAGCAUAGUGUAUUUAAAGUGUUUAUAUAUUCUUUACAAUGUCAGAUAAAUUUGAUUCGUUUAAAAUUAUGCUGUGUUAAUAAUAUGUUUACAGCAUUAAAUAAACGUACUGA